AUGAAAGUGCUAAAGGGGUAUGUUCAGAAUCGUACUCGUCCCAAAAGUUGCAUUGCUGAGCGGUAUAUAGCUGAAGAAGCUGUAGAGUUUUGUACCGAGCAUUUAUCUUAUGUUAGUACAGUUGGAGUGCCUUCAAGCCAAAAGAUGGGAGUUUCAAAGCCAUUAUCAAGUUGCACAGUGAGCAUAGUUGAUCGGGACCUGUUGAACCAAGCACAUCUAUAUGUCUUGGAGAAUACGGAGGAAGUCCUACCUUAUAUCAAGCAACAUAUGAUCCACAUCAAGACCGCUUAUCCAAAAUUUAGAAAGAGAACAAAGUGGCUACAGGAUAAGCACAAUAGCACUUUCAUUCAAUGGCUACGCUUCAAGGUUCAAAGUGAACUUAAUGAGGAAGACAAUCAUGGCGUAUCAGAAAAUUUAAGGUGGCUAGCAGCUGGUCCAAACAUGGCAGUGCCAUUAUAUAGGAGCUAUCUUAUUAAAGGUAUUAAAUUCAACAUCAAGGCACAAGAUGAUGUGCGGACAACUCAAAAUAGUGGAGUUUAUUUACUUGCACAUACCAUGCAAGUUGCUAGUGCCAAGAAUAAAAACUCAAUUCUCUCAAAUAUGGGUUUCUAUGGUGUCAUUCAAGAAAUUUGGGACCUUGACUACCAAAAGUUUACAAUCCCAGUCUUUAGGUGUGAUUGGAUAGAUAGUACUUCUGGUCUUGUAGUCGAAGAACUUGGAUUUACCCUUGUAGAUUUGAGUAAAAUUGGACAUAGGAAUGACCAAUUUGUUUUGGCUUCUCAAGUCAAACAAGUAUUUUUUGUUGACGACCCGAUGCAUCGUGGUUGGUCGGUAGUAUUAUCAACGCCUAAUAGAGAAUAUAAUGAUGUUAUUGGUGAUGAUGUCUUAGGUGAUGUGAGAAUUGAGUGUGAGCCAUUUACUAGAGGGAUGCCAAAUGUUGACACAUUUGAUGAACUGGUGGGUGAGUUAGGGAGUCAAAAUAUUCGAGAUGGGUGUGAAGAUAUAUGGAUUGAAUGA